AUGAAGUCCCCGGAGCUGCAGGCCUCCGUGAUCCGCGACCUCGUGCUCCUCUCCUGCGUCGGCCUCCGCCCCGUGCUCGUCCACGGCGGGGGUCCGGAGAUUAACUCCUGGCUGCUGCGCGUCGGCGUCGAGCCGCAGUUCCGCGACGGCCUCCGCGUCACGGACGCGCUCACCAUGGAGGUCGUCGAGAUGGUGCUCGUCGGGAAGGUCAACAAGAACCUCGUCUCCCUCAUCAACAUCGCGGGAGGAACCGCCGUUGGCCUCUGCGGCAAGGACGCGCGUCUCAUCACCGCGCGCCCUUCCCCAAACGCAGCGGCGCUGGGAUUCGUCGGCGAGGUCUCGCGCGUGGACGCCACCGUCCUCCAUCCCAUCAUCGCCGCGGGCCAUAUCCCGGUUAUCGCCACCGUGGCCGCCGACGAGACUGGGCAGGCCUACAACAUCAAUGCCGAUACAGCGGCUGGCGAGAUUGCCGCUGCCGUGGGCGCCGAGAAGCUGCUGCUGCUUACGGAUGUGUCUGGGAUUCUGGCGGACCGUAAUGACCCUGGGAGCCUGGUGAAGGAGAUUGACAUUGCUGGGGUGCGGCAGAUGGUGGCCGACGGGAAGGUAGCUGGUGGAAUGAUACCCAAGGUUGAGUGCUGUGUUCGCGCCCUUGCACAAGGUGUACAUACCGCAAGUAUCAUUGAUGGGCGUGUCCCACACUCCCUUCUGCUUGAGAUUCUCACAGACGAGGGCACGGGCACCAUGAUCACUGGCUGA